AUGCAUUAUUCUCAACUCAUUAAAGUAUUCAUCUGUGUUGUGUCUGUCCUGCAUGUCUCCGCAUCUCCAUUUCCUGUCUCCGACAAGCUUGACACUGCAUCAUCUCCCGAGCUUGGAAAGCGCGCGAAAAUUCAGCUUUUCCAUAUCACUACUGCUGCUGCAGCAAAAAGUAUUAAAGAAGGUGGAGCGAAAUUACAAGUCAAGCCUACCAUAGGAGAUGAUUUCAAUCCCAAAGGGACAGGCGGGUUUUACGUAACAGAUAAUAAGAAGGCCAUUGUCGAUUGGUGCAAAGGCCGCAAUGCAGGGGGUGACAGAGCAAAGACCAAUUGCGCCGAAUUGAUUACCUUUGAAUUUGAUGAUUCUGCGCUGAGCAGUCUCAAGGUUCACAAAUUCGUAGGUCCUGCUGGUUCGGCGACAACAGAUCUAUCAACUUGGAUGGGCACCACCGAUUUCGAACAGUGGCAUGAGUUCACGUCACUGUGUACGCAUGGUGAACAAAACGAUGAGGAUGUUAAGCUCCCCGCGGAUCUGGCGAACUCCGGGAAAGAUUUGGAUUUGGUCAUUGGCCCCAUGGUUUCAACUGAGACGGUGAGACAAUAUGCAUUCAGGACCACGAAAGCAUUGGCACACCUCAAAUUUGUCAGUGCAGCAGCUUCGGGAGUUUGA